AUGAUCCUGACCUGUGUGUGGUUUUGGACAAAUGGAUCCACACGGGAGCAGUCACGUGGGAACGCACUGUUUGGGACGCGCGUCGUGAGAAGGCUGCUUUCAGCUGCCAAGAGGAAAAUGUCCAAAAUCCACAGUGAAAAGUCAUUCAUCUCGAGACACAAGCUGUCGAUCCACUCCACAGAUGACGAGCUCGCCGUCAUCGAGAAUGGAGAGAGCAGAGCUCAUUCGUUGUGUGAGGAAGCACCAGACGCACUGUCCAUCCGACCUGCCUUCACCGGGGCCGGAGCCAUGGCACGGCUGUGUCACCUCUUCCCCAUGCUGUGCUCGUGGGUCACACGCAGACCACACCUGGAGGAGGAGCGCCAUGACUCCUUCCUGGACAGAUUCAAAGCUCCAGAUCUCAAAGACGCCACGAGUCGAGGAAGCAACGCCACACAAUCUGUGGGGCCCAACGAGGCUGCACGCAAGAGCAAUCUUGCAAACAAGUGGCCUUUGGCAGCUUACAACAUGAAUAACUGCAACAACACAGAUGACAAAAAGGAGGAGAAAAAAGAGGAGAUUAAAAAGGACGAGGAGAAAAAGGACGAAAAGAAAGAAGAGAAAAAGGAGGACGAGAAAAAGGACGAGAAAAAGGAUGAAAAGAAAGACGAGAAAAAGGACGAAAAGAAAGACGACAAGAAAGAUGACAAAAAGAAAGAGGAGCCUCCGAAAGAAAUCUGGAUUAUGGACCCGUCUGCAGAUAUGUAUUACCGCUGGUUGACGGUCAUCGCAUUACCAGUUUUCUAUAAUCUGAUCUUGAUCGUAACGAGAGCGUGUUUUAAUGAGCUGCAGAACUCCUACACAAAACUGUGGAUUUUCCUGGAUUACACCUCAGACAUAAUCUACUACACAGACACGUUUGUCCGCUCCAGAACCGGCUACUUGGAACAAGGGCUGCUGGUCAAAGAUGCCAAGAAGCUGCGAGCCAAAUACAGAACCACGCCUCAGUUCAAAUACGACAUGAUUUCUAUGAUCCCGACUGACCUGCUGUUUUUAAAAUUCGGAUUCAACAACCCGGAGUUUCGAUUCAACCGCCUCUGUAAAAUCGCCAGGCUUUUUGAGUUCUUUGAGCGGACAGAAACCAGAACCAGCUUCCCAAACUUUUUCCGAAUCAGCAAUCUUGUGCUCUACAUCCUGAUUAUUAUCCACUGGAAUGCUUGCAUGUUUUUCGCCAUCUCAAAAACAAUUGGAUUUGGGACGGACACUUGGGUUUAUCCGAAUAUCAGCCACCCCGAGCAUGGACGAUUGGCAAGGAAGUACAUUUACUCCUUAUAUUGGUCCACUUUAACACUGACAACCAUCGGAGAAACACCUCAGCCGGUUCGCGAUAUUGAGUUUCUGUUCGUCAUCGCCGAUUUUCUCACCGGUGUGCUGAUUUUUGCUAGUAUCGUCGGUAACGUGGGUGCUAUGAUCUCCAACAUGAAUGCCUCCCGUGCUGAAUUCCAAGCCAAAAUCGAUUCAAUCAAGCAAUACAUGCAGUUUCGAAAGGUCACCAAGGAUCUCGAGGCCAGGGUGAUCAAGUGGUUCGACUAUUUGUGGACUGAGAAAAAGACGUGCGACGAGAAGGAAGUGCUCAAGAACUUACCUGAUAAACUGAAAGCCGAGAUCGCAAUCAACGUCCAUUUAGAUACGUUGAAAAAAGUGCGUAUUUUCCAGGAUUGCGAAGCAGGCUUGUUGAUUGAGUUGGUGCUAAAACUGCAACCGCAAGUCUUCAGUCCGGGCGAUUAUAUUUGCAAGAAAGGCGAUAUUGGAAGAGAAAUGUAUAUUAUCAAAGAGGGGAAGCUAGCUGUGGUCGCUGACGAUGGGGUCACGCAGUUUGUAGUUCUCAGUGACGGGGCGUACUUUGGAGAAAUUAGUAUUUUAGGAAUCAAAGGUAGUAAAGCUGGAAACAGGAGAACCGCAAAUAUUAGAAGCGUGGGCUACUCUGAUCUAUUCGCCCUUUCCAAAGACGAUCUGGUGGAAGCUUUAACCGAGUACCCCGAUGCUAAAAAGGCUCUGGAGGAGAAAGGUAAAGCCAUUCUGAUGAAAGAUAACCUUAUCGAUGAGGCGGUCGCCAAUGCUGGAGCGGACCCCAAGGAUCUGGAAGAGAAAAUAGUGAAAUUGCAGACAAACUUGGAUUCAAUGCAGUGGAAGUUCGCGCAGCUCAUGGCGGAGUUCACCUCGACUCAAUCCAGGAUGAAGCAAAGAGUCACAGAGAUGGAGGCGAAAGUGAAAGCCAUAAAACCGGAGGAUCUGUCUGAGGUGGCGGCCGACAAGGACAAAAAAGUACAGUAA